AUGAUUGGUACAAAUCUCGCAUUGACUUGUAAAACAUUAAAUGCGAUUCUGUGGACUUUUUUUUCUUCUCAACUGCCUCACGACUUUUUAUUUAUAAGUGGAAAUUUAUCCCAACUGGCCAUGAGAAACGCAUGUGAUCAACGAAGGAACAGAGACAAUGCGAUGGAACAUAAAAUAGCACCUUACAACAUAAAUAGUUACUUUGUUCAAUGGUCAACUCCAAAAACUACACAACUAUGUAAUAAAUUGCUUCUCCUGAUUUCAAAUGCUACUCUAAAAGAAUUUACUUUGAAGCUAAAUUCGCACAAGAUUGUAGUGAACGACGAGAGCAAGAAGGAGGUGAACAAGAAUCUACCGAUAGCUAAUUUAAUUUAUUAUGAAAAAGUUGUGAAAAAAGAAUGCGCAAUUUCUUUAUGCACCUUUUGUAUGGAUUUUGAUGGACAAACAAUAUGUUUCGUAACGGAAUAUCAGCGUUACACACAGCUUGAAACAUUAAUUUUUAUGCAGAAUAGUUAUGCUAGGUAG